CACUUUUCUGUUCAAACAGUGAGAGCGUCAGAAAGGGAAUGGGACAGACAAGAGACAGAGGUAGACAGAGGUGUGACUGAGUGGAAGACAGAGUCAGGGAAGCUAAUAGCGAGCUGGUCCUUCCAAUUUAUGUCUAGAAACCCAGAAAAGGGCAAACUAGCGGUAGAUUUUCGUGCGUAAAAAGAGAGUAGGCUGCCCUCUAAAUUCUUAAGUUUUACAACACUUCUCCUCCAGGCUGAACAGUUAUUCGGAGGUAGUGUCCUCUGUGGAGUUUUCUUUGUCUCCGCAAGUGACACUAAAGAGCACGGAUUACAAUGAUAAGGAUUUUAGAGGUUUGGGUCACCUCGGUGGCCAUUUCUCUGCUGGUUAAGGGGGCUCUUGGAGAUUAUGGGAUGAGUAUGUUUGCUGCCCAGUCGUCCCCUCCAGACCCAUGCUAUGAUGAGAACGGCAACCCCCGGAGGUGCAUCCCCGAUUUCGUGAACUCUGCUUUCGGGAAGGACGUGCGCGUCUCCAGCACCUGUGGAACCCCGGCCUCAAGGUACUGCGUCGUGACAGAGAAGGGAGAGGAGAGGGCUAGGGAUUGCCAUACCUGCGAUUCAGGGGACCCAAAGAAAACGCAUCCACCUGCGUAUUUAACUGAUUUGAACAACCCUCAUAACCUCACCUGUUGGCAGUCAGAAAACUAUAUCCAGUAUCCUCAGAACGUCACGCUCACUUUGUCCUUGGGUAAAAAAUUUGAGGUCACCUAUGUGAGCUUGCAGUUCUGUUCACCCCGACCCGAAUCUAUGGCUAUCUUUAAGUCCAUGGACUAUGGCAAAUCAUGGGUUCCUUUCCAAUUCUACUCUACCCAGUGUAAGAAGAUGUAUAACAAGCAGAAUAAGGCGGCAAUUACCAAGCAGAACGAACAAGAGGCGAUUUGCACAGACUCUCACACGGACAUGCACCCGCUGACAGGUGGGCUCAUUGCGUUCAGCACCUUGGAUGGCAGACCCUCGGCGCACGACUUCGACAACUCUCCCGUGCUGCAGGACUGGGUGACAGCCACCGACAUCAAGGUUACGUUCAGCCGACUGCACACGUUUGGGGAUGAGAACGAGGAUGACUCGGAGCUGGCUAGAGAUUCCUACUUUUACGCGGUAUCAGACCUGCAGGUUGGCGGGCGGUGCAAGUGCAACGGUCACGCUUCAAAGUGCGUAAAAGAUAGGGAAGGAAACCUGGUAUGCGAGUGCAAGCACAACACCGCGGGGCCGGAGUGUGACAGGUGCAAACCUUUCCAUUAUGAUCGUCCUUGGCAGCGCGCAACCGCAAGAGAGGCAAACGAAUGUGUUGCCUGCCACUGUAACCUGCACGCCCGGCGCUGUCGUUUCAACAUGGAGCUGUACAAGCUGUCUGGGCGGAGGAGCGGCGGAGUCUGUCUCAACUGCCGCCACAACACGGCCGGACGCCACUGCCACUACUGCAAGGAGGGCUUCUUCCGGGACAUGUCCAAGGCCAUCUCCCACAGGAGGGCCUGCAAAGCGUGUGAUUGUCAUCCAGUUGGCGCAGCCGGCAAGACCUGCAACCAAACCACUGGCCAGUGUCCCUGCAAGGACGGCGUGACCGGCAUUACCUGCAACCGCUGUGCCAAGGGCUACCAGCAGAGCCGCUCUCCUAUCGCCCCCUGCAUAAAGAUUCCAGUUGCAUCGCCCACCUCCACCUAUACCAGCUCUGAAGAGCCCUUAGACUGUGAUUCUCACUGCAAGGCAUCCAAGGGCAAGCUGAAGAUCAACAUGAAGAAGUACUGCAAGAAAGACUAUGCUGUCCAAGUGCACGUCCUCAAAGGAGACAAGGCAGGGGAGUGGUGGAAGUUUACCGUGAACAUCAUCUCCGUCUACAAGCAAGGUGAACAACGCAUCCGGCGCGGCGACCAGCUCCUGUGGGUGCGUGCCAAGGACGUGGCCUGCAAGUGCCCCAAGAUCAAGCUUGGCAGGAAGUACCUGCUGCUGGGCACGGGUGACGACUCCCCCGGGCAGAGUGGCGUGGUGGCGGACAAGGGCAGCCUGCUCAUCCCCUGGAAGGACCUGUGGGGCCGGAGACUGAGGAAGUUCCAACAGCGCGACAAGAGGGGCAAGUGUUAAGAGGCGCCAGAGAGGAGAGAAAGAGAGGGGGCUCACCUCGAAGUCUGAGGAACACAGGAGGAGGAGAAAGAAAGAGGAAACACCAGAGGGAGAGAGGAAAGAGGGAGAGGUGAAGUGAACAGAGAGAGAGGGAGAAAGUGACUGAGUGCUGCUGCUUUGAGUGGAAGCAAAAAGAGAAUAUUAGUUUUAGAAACGUUCGUGUGAAGGAGCUCUUUUUACAGUUGUUGUUCUGUUUGUCCUUCAAGGUUUGUUUCAUUGUGGAAUUGCAGAGUUUGCACCUAAUAUUUCAGAUAAGUUACUUUUUUUUUGUUUUAUUUGUGAUACCAUUAUUUUUAUAUUUCCAGUUCAUUUCUACAGAACAUCAGAAAAAAAUCUACUGUAUCACAUUUCUGUGUUUAAAGAGGCUCUUUAUAUAUAUAUUGUGUAAAGUUGUUUCUAGCAAGCUGAGGUGGCACGGCAUGGCUUAAGGGGAAUCUCUCUCAUGUUUAAUGAGUGGCUCCUGCUUGCCAGGCCUUGUCAAGAUAAACUGUGUAAACUGCUAAGAGUGUUAACACGUUAAAUUGAUCAUUUAAACUAGGUUUUACUGUGGUUUCAGAAUAUACUUGUAAAAAUGGGAGAAAAAAAACAAAAACAAGCCAGCUAUUGCCAGUUACCUUUCUUCUUUAAGAGCUCCUCAUGUGGUUGUUACCUCAUUAUUACUGCUAACUAUGUAAUCAAAAUGAAAGUGCCAUGAAGAAGUUGCUCCUCAGAUACUAGCAUAGGGAAAGAGUCUGUUAAAUGAUACAUUUCCUUGCCAUCCUGACAGUGUGGUUGUGACCUCAGCAAAAUAAAAGUACCAGUAGGCAUGAUAUAAUUAUACAAUAUUAUUGUAUUUAGACAGCACUCUGUUCUCAACUAGAAGAACUAAAAUAGAUUAGUUAACCAUGCACUUAAUCUUUAGUCCUUUAGUAUUCAACAGUAUUCAGAACAUAUAAGAUAUGUUCAGUGUUUAAUGGCACUUUGCAGGAUACAAACUAACAUACUGUAUGGUUUCAGAAAAAUCAAAGAACUAAUGUAUGUCCAUUCAUGAUUGUUCAAACUGAGAUCACACAUUUGACUGAUUAUGUGCUGCCUUUGGCCUUUGGUCCCGGAACCUAAUGUCCACUGACUCUGUGUCAUUGAUUGAUGCAUUUGGUUUGCUAUCCUGUUCACGUUUGUUAAAAUACAAAGUACUGCUUGAACAUUCCUCUGAGCAUUGACCUGUUUCUGCUGGUAAAGGACUGAUCAUGGGGGGGACAUUCUGAUGUCUUCAACAGUGAAUCACCUCAUGUGGUUUGAUAAGACCUAUCAAAAUGAACCUACGUUUUGUUAAAAUAAUAGAUGCAUGCUGACUACUUAGCUGACUAAGCUAACCAAGUUGUGGAUGACAGUAUGUACAGUAUGUAUAUGCUGUAUAAAGAUACAUGCAUUAUGUUGUAAAAGAAAACAUGUGGAGUGAUGAAAUAUCACAGGAGUCAAGCUGUGUGAUCAACACACUGUGUCAGCAUCUGAUUCUCACUUCAAACCUUGCAGACAUUCCAUUUUCAAGACGUUACUUGGUACUCAACAAAAGGGGUGACCGGCUGUUUAAAUGUUAUAUAGCUGUAUAGUUUCUUACUAUUUUUUGUUAAACAUUUACUAGAUUUAUGUCCAUGUGUUAUUAACCAGAGUUUUAAAUACCAUAGGCUUAAUAAAUGGGUAGACAAAAUGAAUGAGAAAGAGGCAGAUUUCUCUUGUUUACAAGUUAUGCAUACCCAGGAGUAUAUUUAAGCAGAGAGAGGCUUAUCUACAACCUGUAAUAAACAGUCCCAAAAAUAUUUGGGAAAUGCAUAACACAUAUAAAUGCAAGCAGAUGCACACCUGCUCACACACAUACCCACACACUUUUUAAAAACAUAUUUGUAUUGACAUUUUUAUUGCAAUCCAUUUCAAAUGUUCUUGUGCCAGUGCAUCCAUCUCUGGUUCUUCACAUAUCAAAGCUGUCAGUGUGUAAAGUUAGACCAGUUUUCCACCCAUUUGGAGAAUGGUACUCAGUCAUGACCAGAUAUCUGCUACAAUUUAUAUCUGAAUGUUGCUUGUGUUCAUACUUGGGCUUGUAAAUGUUGUUUAGCUCUGUCCAUUGCAAAAGUUUGUGUAAUGUCCUGUAAUGCAUACUAAUAUAUUAUGUUUAUCACAAAUGAAUAUAUUUAAUGACAUAUGAAACAAUGUGGCUUUUGUUUUUGCCUGUUUUUAUUUUUGGUUACUCUUUGCUUUGGAUAAUAGACGGCUGUAAUGAAAAAGUAAAAGUCUGUAGCGAUUGAACAGCCUAGUAAAUCUGAAAUAAAGCUCUGUAAAAGUA